AUGAUUCGCCUAUUUGCGAUAGCCGCCUUUGCUGUUCUCGUUGCAUUGGUUCAGGCAUCAACACAAGAAGACAAUAACGCGUCGAAUUCAGCUGCUGACAAGAUCAAGCUACUCGUUUACCAUAAUCAUGACGGCACUUACAAGAAGCGUGGAGAGAUUACAGGCUCACCAUCGUCUUUGGUUUACACUUCCACUAUUCAGGAUGACGGCAUUGACGUUUCCAGCGCAUUAUACCAAGUAAAAGUUCGCAAUGAAGCAACCGACCAGAUUAUACUAUCCUCUGCAAAAACAUGCCAACUCGUCGCAAGCAACUGGGCCGAUGAAUUCCGUAUCCAUUUCGAUGAUCAAAACCAAGUUUACCAUAUUGACUACGACGCACAAAGCAAUGCAUGCACCGAUAUUGAGCUUCCUGUCAAGACACCUCGUAAGCCUGCAACUGUGGUCAAGAUUGAACGACAUACCAUUGGUGCAAAACCUAUGCUCGGUCAAUUUGGUGGCAAGGCAGCAUCACAGCAAGCACCAGCACAGCAACAACCAAGACCUUCGGGUAAGGCAGGUGAAAUGGAAGAAUUGCCUGUGGAAGAGGAAAAGACUUUCUUUCAAAAGUAUUGGUAUUUGAUUCUUGCUGGUGGUUUAAUGUUGGUCAACUCCAUGGCUGCUCCUCCUCCAGAGAAUGCACAACGUCGAUGA